AUGUUGGUGCUCGCCUGUUUCAACGGGCUCAUCUCGUUCGACAACUUUUUCGAAAAUCGUUUCGAUCCGCGACUAGAGAAGGAACACCUCUUUGUCAUCGCCGCCAACAUCUUGUUGAAGCUUUUCCUGUACCUGAUUUGCUUGUGGCGGAACGACGUGGAGCAGAUUAAAGUCCUUUCGAAAGAUCAGAAAACGGACAUUCUGACGAAUUCUACGGCCCUAGUCUUUGCGCUAUUGACGGCGUACGUUAACCAGAUUUACGACAUAUUCGGCGCGGUCAUCAUCUUCGUGUUGAUCAUCUACAAUUGGCUGCCGAUUUUGCUGGUGAAUUCGAACAAAAUCCAGGGCAUCCAGGCUUCGGACUGGAGGGUGGCCGCUGUGAAAGAGGCUCUUGGUCAAGUUGACGGUUGUGAAAUACUGGAUUUUCUGUUAUAUCACGCUGGAGAAGGGUGCGUGGCUGAGGUUCGUUGUGCAAAAAAGGGUGCUACAGAUAUUCGAGGAGCCAUUACUGCCAAGCUGGUAGAAAUUGACUGGAUUAGGGCGGUUUUUGUGGAGAUCGAAGAUGAGAAAAACGUGAGUUUGCGUGAUUGCACCUUU